AAAUGGUGAGGGUGAGAACUGAGAAGGAAGCUUGUGUUGUCGUGUUGAUAAGUUGAAAGAAAGUUGAUAGGUGAUAGGCCUAGCCGGUGCUGAUUAACAGUUGAUAUUUGUUUCACAAAUAUUUGUUGUUAUUAUUUUUGUUUUUCAAUCAUAAUAUAUGUUUUAAGGGAUUACAGAAGAUAUUGUGUAUGAUUGAGGAUUUCUGUUAUCAGAAUUUCCAAGUUUAUGAUCAUCACAUUUGGCGGGCUUCUCAUGUAAACAAUGCAGGUUGAUGAAGAAAUGAUGGAAGAGGUGUCGAACGGCAACCGUCACAACCUCACACCUCACAACACAGCAUGCUGCAACCUCUCCUACCGUCUAGAAAAUUCAACAGACAGUGGAUUCUAUUCCAAUACACCAAGCAUUCCUCAUUCCAGCACAGACUUUUCUGACCAAUCUAUAUCUAAAAUCGAAACACCACUCAACAGUUCCAAAACGCCAAGUAGUUAUUUCGAAAAUAGAGAUGAUGAUAAUGGAAUCAAAAAGUUGAGAUUCUCACCACAAAUCACUCCGAUUUUCAAACAGAUUGAUUCUUCUAAUGAAAUAUCGCCUGCAAAGAAAUUAAAUAAUAGCUUUGCUACUGGUACAGUAGAUGACGAUGAUGACAAUGUUUUUACAGAAACGUCCUCUUUAUACCAUGAUGCCCUGGAUGAGUCCAAUGUACAACAAACACCUUGGAGGUCUCUCAAGAUCAGUAGCAAAUCAACACCAUUAUCAAAUUCUAGUUUGUCUCCAACCAAGAAGAAGUGGACACAGCCCAUUCAGUUCAAACACCGAUCACUUGACGAAUCAGAGUUUGUCGAUUUUCUCUACUACUUGGGACAUAAGGAGGCACACACCAUUGUCACAUCGAAACUGUUCGCUUAUUUGUCCGAUGAUGAUCUUGAUUCGGUGUCACAAGUUUCGAAAACAUGGAGAGAUGUUUUACUGAACGAUGCCAAAGCUAGAAAACGGCUGGCUGCGCACAGGAGAAUCGUGAUGAAUACAAAGGAAAAUAGAAGUACAACAAAGUCUCAUAAAAUGAGAGAAGCGAGGAAGCAAGGAGUUGAGUGGUCGCCCUUUGUUGAUCUUCAGAACAUCCAGAUUCCCGAAAGUCCAAGCAAAGCAAGAACUCAAUCAACAAGUAGUAGUCCUGCAAAUGCAAGAUUCGAAUUUUUCAGAAAGGAAGGAGAAAAACUGGACCGAAAUGCGAAACUGGUGCAAUGCCCGCGCUGCAUGCUGCCCGCCCGGUGCGGCCAGGGGGGCAACUACGACAAUCUAGGCGAGUGUGUCACGCCAGACUGCUCCUUCAGAUUCUGCACCAAUUGCCGCUCUGACUUCCACAGUCCUAGGAAGUGCUUCCGCAUCUCCAGCUGCCCGAUCAAACGGAAGAACAUGAUCAUCGGCAGCAAAGCCAGUAAGCGCCGGCUUUCGCGAACCUGACAGUAAUCAAACCAAAACUUGCCACAACAAAUAAGUGCCUCAGGGAAAAUAAGCACCACCACUCUACUAGUACCUGUAACAUUCCCCAAUUUUAAUUUGCGAUUUCGAACUGUGAUAACUAUUUAAUAUAUGACUUAGUGUAAGACUUCAGUGGAUAAGCUUUGUGCAUAAAUUAUUUUUUAAUAUUUGUGUUUUUAACAGUUUUGUAAUUUAGAGCUUUAUUUCAAUGGCGAAUAAUUUGUUAAUUUGAAUGUCAUACUGGAGCCUUUGAAAACAAAAAUGUGAAAUGAAUCAUUACAAUCUUGUCAAAAUACAAUUACAUAAUUCUUUUCAUAUUUUUUUUAGAUUUUUAAUUAUAUUUCAACUAAAUUUCAUGGAAAGUUCCUAAUUACUAAGUUCAUUGGUCAACUUUCUUGUUAGGAACCGUUCAAUGUUUAAACAUCUAUGAUGUGAAUAACCAUCAUCUAUGAUUAGUUCGUUCCUUAGAAGUGAGAAUAUGUGAGAUUUAUUGCAAGAUUUUGAGUGAUAUCUAUAGUUGAGAUUUGUAUGAAAUUCCAAUGAACCAAUUGCACUAAUAUGGUAUCAUUAUAAUCAAUUAUAUAAUAAUAGAAAGUUGCAGUAAGGUAUUCAUAUUUUGCUAGCAAAGCUUUCAAUUUACUGCCUCAAUCUGAAAUGAUUGCUGAACUAUCAAAAAAUUACAGGAAUUAAGUAAUUAAUCGGACGUCUCCGUUCUUAGUAAAUUGUGAAAUAUUUGUUGUGUAUAGUGUUAACAUUAUAGAAUUGUUGAUAAUAUUAAUAGAGACCUUCUAAUGGUGAAAAUAAAAUCACAUGUUGAAUUCAAGCAUAGAAAAGCAAUUAGUCAAUUAAAAUAUUAGCUCUUCAAUACUGCUUCAUCUUUGAAAGAUUUUUCAACUGAGACUCAACAGUUUGACAAUUGCAUUCAAUCUUUCUUCUGUAAUCCAACCACGUUUUAGUAAUUUGGAGCAUCCAAGUUAUUGGCAAUUGCAGAGUUUUGUUUAAAUUCACUACUGUAAUCAUAGUCAGAAUGUUUGGUUCGGCCAUCAAUGUUCUGAAUUUCUAAUCGAGCUAUUUUGUAAUCAUUGAUUUGUUGAAAAAACAUUUCUACUAGAAGUGAACAUUGAAGUUUGAAAGUCACGAUCAACGAGAACAAAGGCUGAAAACUCAUGAAUGUGAACUGAAUCUAAUUUAUUAUAUUUUCUAGAAAACGUGAAUUAAUGCAGCAUAAAGUGAUGAACUUGAAGUAUCCUGAGUUGAUAUUAAUCAAAAGCUUUCUGUGCUCUUGAUAUGCUCCUUGCUGAAUACAAGUAAAGCGAACAAAAUGUCAGUGUUUGUAGUAUUUUUCAAAUUAGUUUUAUAUCGUGUGAAAUGUUAUUAUGUCGAUGUGUGUUGUAAAAAGAUCUGUGUAAAAAUGAGAUUUCUAGAUUUUUGUAAUUUUAAAUGCUUGAUGUAGACUGAUAUAUGUUAUAGAAAGUAAGAGUAAAGAAAUAAGUAUUAAUUAAAUUCUUGUGUUAUUGAGAGAUAUCUACUUAUAUUAGUAGCUUACGUUAUGUGUUGCUUUCAAGUAGCGCAAGCUUUCUCAAAGUUUAAUAAUCUGUUCAUUGCUCAACAAUAAUAUUUGUUUACAAAUAAUAAUAAUAAUACAAUAAAAGGUAAAAUAUUCUAUCAAACUUUACUUCUCCAUAUUAAAAUUUUCAACCUUUAAUUCAAUUCUCCACAUUUGUAUUUUUAUUAGAUAAUUUUUCAGAUUUCUUUGUUUUAAAAAUUUUGUUUGAAGUCGCUGUACUUCUAUUUAGGCUGGAUUUUAAACAUUAAUUCUUCUGUCUCUUAAUAUUCUAUUAUCACUUUUAUUUUCAAAAUUUGCAAAAAAAUGUUGCCGUACAUAACAAACCUUUUUUAAUCAAUAAUGUUUCUCAUAAACAAAUUUAUUAGUAAAACUUUGAUGAAGACUGACAUUUUUAUCUAAUUAAUAUUUCAACGACAUUGUAAAAUAUAUUUAAAGAAGUCUCUCUAUCAAACAUCUGUGUUCAACAU